AUGCGCAACUUCUUGGAUGGAAAAGUAUUACUUUGGUUUUUGUUCAGUUUAAAACUGAUUGUGUUUGUUUCAACUGCCGUAGCUUACUUUUUACUGGACUCUGAACUUGUUGUUGAUCAUGAACAUUGGAGUGUAAGGUUUUUGUUGAUAAAGAAAAUGCAAAGUAAAGUAUUAUAUUGCAGUGUACAGUAGGGUAGGGUAGAAUAAGGUAAGACAUGGUAGGGUAAGGUAAGAUAAGGUGGAAUAGGGUAAUAUAUGGUAGGGCAUGAUGAAGCAAAGUCGAGUAAUUUACAAUAAAGUAGGAAUAGGUAAGGUAGAGUAAGAUAAGGUAGGGUAGUUUUAAGCUUGCAGCGAAUGUUGUUCUAACUUUUUUUAAGUAAGGGUGGUAAGGGUUGUUUUAAAAAAUCAAAAAUAGAGUAUUUCACGGUUUUUUUAGAUUUUUUAAAAAUAACAUAGCAAUGUUUUUAAAAAAUUAUUUUAGCAUGUUUUCAUAUUUGUCAUGCAAACCUUGUUAUUAUAUGGAAUUGGCAAAUCAUGCCAAAAUUCAUUGAAAAAUGCCCUAAUUUCUUUAUUUCCUCCAUCAAAGGUCGUUCAACUAUACUUUAUUACUUGUAAGUUAGCCAGAACAACAUGCUUUAAUUAAGGCAUUGCCAAUGACAGACUUUGUCAUCUUUGAUAACUUUUAAUACAAGGUAAAAUGUCAUGUUUUCAGACCUGUUAUGUGUCAUAACAAUAGCUUUGUUCACCUUAUACUAUCCAGAAUAUUUUCCUGAAGUAAAACGUCUAGAUGUUUGGUGUAUAUUAACAUCAGCGUUUUUUAUAAACAAAAUCAUGGAUUGCUUUGCAAGGAAAUGGCAGGUAGGCUUUGCUUUAUAUGUAUAAUGUUCUAAACAGAAGCGGCUAACGGAGAACUAGCAAAAAUAUUGGGUGUGACUAGGUAGGGAAGAGAAUAAGGCUAAAAAGAGGAUUGCACCAAAAUACCUCUUGAGUUGUAUAACGAGACAUAUAUGGGAUAAUAGGGCAUGAAAAGUAGCAAAUAUAAUGGCUAUAAAAAUGUAUUGUAAAAAAGUGCUUGAAACACAAUGCCAAAUUUGCCAAAUUGGCGGGAAACCGAAAUAAUCCAAAUUUAAAAUUCAAAAACGCGAGUUCAAAUUUUUCAUGGAUACUAUUGGUAAUACAAAGAACCUAUAUAAAAAUUUUUAGCUUAGCUAAUUCUGAGGCAAGAUACUUUUCCUGUGCUGUUUUUAAAAAUGGCUUUUUUGGUAACUUUAUACCUUCUUUCUUCCUUUAUAAGUCUCGUUUUAAAACCCUAGGAAUACUUAGUGCAACCCACUUGUAAGCUAACUAGAGCACAAGACUAGAACAGGUAAAUAUUUUAUUUUUUGUUUAUUAACCCUAAAUUUUCAGUUUAAACGCUUCAAAGCCUACCUCAAACUCCAAAACAGUUUUGCUAACGUGGAAAUAACCGAAGAAUUUUCUUAUCUCAACUACAAUUAUUUGUUUUCCAAAAAAACUAACACUUCUCGGUAUAACAACAAUAAUGUCACCAAAAACUUGUUGAUAUACGAAUACGUUCGGCUUCGACGCUACGCCAACCUAUUUCAACGUAUGAGUGUUACAUCACAUUUGUCAGCCAAAUUGCUGGUCCACAAUGAUUUAAUCAGCGAGGUUAACAAUCACAUGAACAUGUUCUUGGUCAAAGACAAAUCAUUGAAACAGUUUGACUCACUGGCCGAUUAUCAGCUUCUUGACGCAUAUUACACAGUUUAA